AUGGGUGGUUUUUUUUAUGGGGUCUACCUUUGGCCACCUUUUCCUACGCAAAUGACUCUGUUGUUUUUUCAUGCAUGGUGCAGAGAGACGUACAAACACAUUACAGGGGCAACUAGUUCAUCAGACCUACAUAGGCAAAGUUACCAUUACACCCAAACACAUUUUGACAAACGCGUUGGCAGUGACUACAUCAGCUGGUGGUGGUGUGGUGUGACUCUGGUUUGUAUCGAAUUUCUAGCGAUGGAUUCGACGAAUCCAAUACUUUACCGAAUUGCGAGAUUCAUGGACAAAUUCGAAUCAGGAUUUGACAACUUCAAGUUCCUAAGUCCCGAAUAA